AUGAAAUUAUCGUUUAUAGUUUUAUUGGCGGCUAUUGCCAGCGAAGCUGUGAGUUCACCAGCUACAAUUUCUCCCUCUUCCACUGCAAUUCCGGAGAUCAGUUCCUCUACCAUUACGCAAGGACCUAUCUUGGAGAAGAGAGCUAGGAAGGUCAUUAUAAAUAAGGAACAACAGAAACUUGAAGAACAGAAGGAAGCCUUGGCCAAUGGUGAGGACAUAUCCACAACAGAUCAACCUAAACCAUGGCGUAGAACGAUCUAUGGAUCCAUCGUUGAGAUCGUCAAGCCCACAGUCAUCGCUGGUGUGACUUUCUCUGCGAAGCCACCAGCAACGACGGAUGGAUUGGAGAAGUGGGUUUCUUUGAAAAAGGAUGGUUCCCCAAAGACGAUUCAACCAAAGAAUAAGGGCGGUGUAAUCAAGGACAAGAAGCCCGACUAUGGCACCUGGUUUGCUACAGCUACCACCAUUCACCAUAACAAGGAGGACUUGAAGGCUCACAAUAUGCAAGACGAUGAAAUCUUCUCGGAAGAAACCCAUAUUGAAGAAGAUGAUACUUAUCAGAAGCUUAACCCAUUAAUAAGAUGUACUCCAGAGAGAUAUUUCAAGAAGGGUGCUGCCAGGAAUCAAAAGAGUGAACCAUUCUGUACUCCUCAAGAUAACCAGAGUUUGAAGAUGGACAGCACUUAUUUCGUUACUUGGUUUUCUAAAUUUUUCGGUGAUGAAGUUGAGAACGUGAGAAUCCACCUCUCCUCUAUUAAGGUUGCAGCUAAUGAUCACGGUUUCAAGAAGAGACUGGAGAUUAUUGACAACGGAGGAAAGAUUCAAAAGAAAUCAUUCUAUGUUUCCGACUGGGUUAGUAAAGAUAAAGGAUUCGAGCCAAUUACCAUUUUGGACGAAUGGCUCGGAAAAGACAUCUUCUUCAAGAAGAUUCUGAUCUCAAUCCAACCUGAUAAUAUCCCAGACGAUGAGUACGACUUAUUGGACAAGUAUGUAGUGGUUGAAAUUAAGAGAGGAACCACCGUUGCCAAAGGUACACAUCUUGAUUUAAAGAAGUUAGAAGAAAAGCAAAGAUUGAAGCAGUUGGGUAUUGAAGUGGAAGAUGACGAUUAUCUCGAUAAGUACUACAUCAUUUUGGGGAUGCCCACUUGCGUUAUGAUUGUUGCUUUAGCUAUGUACAUAUUCGUCUGGAUUAACAAAAAGGACACAGAUUUAAGUUGGUUGAAGAGAAAGAAGGCUGCUGGAAAGAAUACAAAGCAUAGGAGAUUAAUAUGGAAGGGAAGCAAAAAGUCCGGCUACAGUGAGUUGCCUCUGCAUAGUAAAGACAUUGAAAUGGAGAACGUCGGAAAGAUGGAUUAA